CGUCGCUUCUCUCUCUUUAACUCUCUCUUUCUCUCUCUAUCUGGAUAUGAAGCUCUCUUUGUAUGGAAGUUGGAACAAAGUACUCGUAUCAAUAAAAAGUGCAGCAGAGCCCGAAGACUUUCGCGGGUGUUGAAGAGGAUGAAUAUCUGGAGCUCACUCUCGACCUAACCUCGCCAUUCGUUAUCGACCUCCUCAGGUUUCUUGCCUUCUUCUUCUUCUUCUUCUUCCACGGUUAGGAUUCCGAUUAUCCGAAGAUGAAAACCAGCGAGCAGGACUACGGAAUUUUCUCCGAGCUAUGCUCUUUGCUCUUUUCUGCACUCCGAUCUCCAAUGAUCUCAAUCCCCUUCGCGGACACGGACGCACCGUCUCCUACGGCGCGAUCAAGGCGGCCGAUUAUUCCGGUGGCGUGGGGAAGGUUGCCGCCUAUUUCGCCGGCGGGAGUGGUAUUGAUGUUUCUUGGAAUAUCGCUGGCGCUGAUGUUGUGCGGAUCGUUGACGUUCUUUAUAGGGUUCAUGAUGAUGCCCUGGGUGCUGGGUAUGAUGUUUUUGCUUUACUUUUUGGGCAUCAUUUCGUUCUUCUCCGGAUUGUGUAAGGCCGUCCUAAUUAGCCAGACGCCCUCCCCUGAUCCGCUGAAGACGUGCCAGAACGAGAUUAAUAGCCACACCACCUCCUAGCUUCCUAUUGUGUAAGAUACGAAGAAUAGUAUACUUGUGUUGAUCCACUGAUGGUUAUUUGUUCUCAAACCAGCUACAGUAUAGUAGGUCUUCCAGCUCUUCAUCUGUUUCAUAUCAUUUACUUCAAAUUUUUUACAUUGUCUGUCUCAGAUUUCUUGUAGAGAUUUAGGCUUCGUUUGGGACGACUUUCUUAAUGCUUCUUAAAGUAACUUUUGAAAUUGCUUUAAGAAGCAUUCAGAAAGUCAUCCCAAAGGAAGCCUUUAUUUCCUUGCUGAAGCCUAUCAUUGUGUGAAAUAUUAAAAUAAGACAGUAUUGUUUGUAUUUAUACUGCAGCUGGGGCAAUUGUUGUGUAUGUUUGAUGUUGGCUGGGAGAGUAAAUUGUAGGAUUUGGACUAUGUAUUGAGCAGUUGUGCUGUUGUAUUUACAUGUUGGGUCUCAUUUUGUCAAAGCAAUGAGGGGAUGUUAUAAUAAUGUUUUAAGGUUCAUUGUUUGUCAUUUGGUAUUUAUU